AUGCCACCUAGUCGACGCGAGGAAAUUAAAAAAAAACAAGAGUUACAAGCUCGGUUCCAGUUCAGUAUAUCUCAAAACAAUGCACGAGCGAUGAAUUGGCUCAAACCGAGCACAUCCAAUGGAAAUGAUGCUUCUACAACAAAGGAAAGUACACACACAGGCGCGCUAACAACGAGUCCGGAAACGGAUUCAGUCACUGCCUCAUCUACACAAGACGAUUUCAUGAAACUACGGGUAAUCCCCCAAGGUUCAGGAUUGAGUUCUAAAACGACGCAAACAGUGGGCGAUUUCCUCAAUUCUAAAGAUAUUAGCCAGCAAAAGAGCAAUAGCGAUGGUGCAACUAGCAAUGGUAGCACAAAGAGCAAGGGCAGCGUUGCCAUGAAUGCAUUAUUGAACAAGAUGAGAAAUGAAACGAGACAACAACUUAAUCAAUCACGACAUACGACUCAAUUGCAACUGGUCAAGGGAAAAAGGGAUAAGUUGAAUGGUGUGCCAGUAUCUAGUGUGAAGGGUGCUAGUUCUAGCACUGGUGCCAAAGGAGAUAAGACGUUAACCAAAAAAAGCUUUGAUGACGAUGAGGGCGAGGACGAUGAGGAUGACGACAUAAAGGCAUUGAAAUCUAGAUCUGUCAAUAAAUUCAAUCAGGCGAAAGUGGGCAAGGGUAAAAAGGUACGACCAUUUUGA